CUCCUCGCUCCUCACUCAAUCCCGGCUUCUUCUUCUCGUCCGCUCUCCAGUCGCCAAACCCACCAUGGAAGACUCACGCUCCUCCGCCUCCGCCACCGCCACCGACACCACGCCGCUCCUCCUCCACACCCGGUGGCGCCGCCACCUCCGCCUGAAGACCGCCCUCUCCUCGGAGCUCUCCGGCGCCGUCGGCGACCUCGGCACGUACAUCCCCAUCGUCCUGGCCCUCACCCUGGUCUCCCACCUCGACCUCUCCACCACACUCAUCUUCACCGCCCUCUACAACGUUGCCACCGGCCUCCUCUUCGGCAUCCCCAUGCCCGUCCAGCCCAUGAAGUCCAUCGCCGCCGUCGCCGUCUCCGAGACCCCCCACCUCUCCCCCUCCCAGAUCGCCGCCGCCGGCCUCUCCACCGCCGCCGUCCUCCUCCUCCUCGGCGCCACCGGCCUCAUGUCCUUCUUCUACCGUUACAUCCCCCUCCCCGUCGUCCGCGGCGUCCAGCUGUCCCAGGGCCUGGCCUUCGCCUUCUCCGCGAUCAAGUACAUAAGGUAUGAUCAGGACUUCGUCACCUCCAAGUCCGGGCCAGCGAGGCCGUGGCUCGGCCUCGACGGCCUUGUCCUCGCGAUUGCUGCUGUUCUGUUUCUUGUGUUGUCUACUGGGUCUGGGGAUGAUGUUUCAACAGAUGUUCGAGGCUCGGAUUGUAUGGAUCAAAAUGACGAUGAUGGAGGAGAUGUUGAAUUGUUGCGACCUACGCGAAACAUUGACCGUAGAUUGAGGAUGUUGUCCGCGAUUCCCUCGGCUCUGUUAGUGUUCUUGUUUGGAUUGGUGUUGUGCGUCAUCCGCGACCCUUCAAUCUUUAGCAGCCUCAAAUUCGGCCCCUCGAAACUGCAUCUGUUGAGAAUUACUUGGGAUGACUGGAAGAGUGGGUUUUUACGCGCCGCGAUUCCACAGAUCCCUCUGUCCAUUCUCAAUUCGGUGAUUGCGGUGUGUAAACUGUCUGCCGAUUUGUUCCCAGAUAGGGAACUGUCGGCCACGUCGGUUUCAAUCAGUGUAGGGAUCAUGAAUUUCGUGGGUUGCUGGUUUGGUGCAAUGCCAGUGUGCCAUGGAGCUGGGGGGCUAGCGGGGCAGUACCGUUUUGGGGGGAGGAGCGGCGCGGUGGUGUUUCUCGGAAUCGGGAAGUUGGCACUCGGGUUGUUGUUUGGGAAUUCAUUUGUGAGGAUACUGAACCAAUUCCCAAUUGGGAUUCUUGGGGUGCUGUUGCUGUUUGCCGGGAUCGAACUGGCGAUGGCUUCACGAGAUAUGAACACGAAGGAGGAGUCUUUCGUGAUGUUGGUGUGUGCUGCUGUGUCUUUGACUGGGUCGAGCGCUGCACUGGGAUUUGGGUGCGGGAUUACGCUGUUCUUGCUGCUGAAGUUGAGGCAAAUGGAGUGUUCUUCGUUAAGGCUUUGGAGUUCUACGUCCAAAGAUUCUGGAGAUGGGACUCAUAUUGUUCCCUGAGGCUGUAUAGUUGGGAUUGUAGCUGCUCCAGCAUUACAUUUCGGGGAGAUUCGGGGUUGCAGAUCUUGUUAGCAAAUUCAUAAGGCAUGUUUAAUGCUGUACCAUUCUGGUGUUAGAUAAUAGCAAGCUGGUAUCUGUACAACUAAUCUGUAUAAACCGCAUUCUGUACUGAUUCAUAAAAUCUGCAUACUGGAGCUUCGGUCCGAGAUGAAA